GCGGAACUGGGCCUGGAGCCAUGGAGGACGCGUCGCCUCUGCUGCUGAACAACAGCAAGCCACACCUGGAGAAGCUGACCCUGGGCGUCACCCGCAUCCUGGAAUCUUCCCCAGGUGUGACAGAGGUGAUGAUCACAGAAAAAUCACCUGCUGAACAUCAUAUGAUUUCUUCAUGGGAACAAAAAAAUAAUUGCAUGAAGCCUGAGGAUGUGAAAAACUUUUACCUGAUGACCAAUGGCUUCUAUAUGACGUGGAAUGUGAAGCUAGACGAGCACAUCAUUCCAUUGGGCAGCAUGACAAUUAACAGCAUCUCCAAAAUGACUCAGCUCAACCAGUCUUCCGUGUAUUCACUUCCUAAUUCACCAACUCUGGCAGAUCUGGAGGAUGAUCUACAGGAAGCCAAUGAAGACCAACCAGAAAAGCCUCACUUUGACUCUCGCAGUGUGAUAUUUGAGCUGGAUUCAUGCAGUGGGAAUGGAAAGGUUUGCCUUGUUUACAAAAAUGGGAAAAGGAUACCAGGAUUAAUACAAGAUACUGAAAUCUGGUCCCUGGACAGAGCAUUAUACUGGCAUUUUCUCACAGAUACCUUUACUGCCUAUUAUCGCCUGCUCAUCACCCACUUGGGCCUGCCACAGUGGCAGUAUGCCUUCACCAGCUAUGGCAUUAGCCCACAGGCCAAGCAAUGGUUUAUCAUGUACAAACCUAUCACGUACAACACAAAUCUGCUCACAGAAGACACGGACUCCUUUGUGAACAAGUUGGAUCCCAGCAAAAUGUUUAUGAGCAAGGACAAGGCCUUAAUCCCCAAGAAGAAAGGACCUACUCAGCCUUCAGGUGGCCAGGAAGGACCCUCAUUAACCUCUUCCUCUAAAUCCUCCUCAGGAAACGCCAUCUGAAAAUAAGCACUCCUGCACUAGCCCCACAGCAGUGAUUUCCACAUACAGAUGGUGUCACUGGUAGCCCCAACCUUAGAUUCUCUUAUGUGCAAAUAUAGGCAUCUUCCUGAGUGACAGAGUCCUGAGACUUUUACUCCCAAUGACAUUAGUCAGGAAUUGAAAGGUCAUACUAGGCUCCCCAGGAGCCCUUCCGCCUUACAGUAGAUUAUUGCAGCCUUAGCUCCAAAGUCUGUGGAGAUAAGCCUACUAAGAGGUUUCCUCUUUCUACACCUUUACCUAGCCGUAAUUAGAGAAGUCCUUAGUCACAUGUAGCUAUCUAAAUUUAUAUGAAAAAAAUCAUAUCCUCACAUUAGCUACAUUUCAAGUAUUAAUGUGGCUAUUAGAUUGUGUAUUGGAAUGCAUUCUGUUGUUCCAGAAAAUUCUUGGGGACAGCACAACAUUGGGGUUCUUUUUAGAAUAUUUUCAUGCUGCUGCUCCUCAGAUUAUAAUGCUUUACCAUCAUCACCCCAUUUUACUCAUUUUUAGUAUUUUUUUUUCUGCCAGUAUUGGGGCUUGGACUCAGGUCAUGGUUGCUCUCCCUGAGCUCUUUUGCUCAAAGCUAGAGCCAUGGCUCCAC